AUGAGUUGCAAUUCUGGGCAAUCAAGUGGUGAGAAGAAAGUCGGCGGAUGCCAUGGUGUUCCCUCGAAGUGUCAUUGCGACAAAGAUGUUGUUUUCUACACAUCGAACACGCAAGCAAACCCAGGAAGACCUUUCUUUCGCUGUCCAAACAGAGGAGAUGACCAUUUGUUUAAAUGGGUUGAAGAAGGUGUAUACGAAGAGGUUGUAGAUGCUUUACCAAAAUUUUCUAUCAUUGGCAGAGAGAUUGAAGAUUUGAAGGAAAGGAUUGAAGAACUGAAGGAAGAUGGAAUGUUGAUCAAAAGAGACACUAAGAAAUGGAAGUUGAUGAGCUCAUUGUGCUUGGUGUGUCUUACUUUUAGUGUCAUUGCCAUUGUGAUCCUUCUUCUUAAAACCAAAAACCCAAAAUUUGUUCUUGGUUACUAG